AUGGCCUCUUAUGAAUCCAUUCAAGCGUUUGUCCAACGCGCUGAGUCCGAUCUGUCACGUCUCGAUAUCGUCAUUCUCAAUGCUGGCAGGUGGACUUACAACUUCACUACCGUGCCUAGCACUGGCCAUGAGGAGAUCUUUCAAAUCAACUACCUCUCGACGGUGCUCCUUGCUAUGCUGAUGCUUCCUGUCUUGAAGAGCAAGGCCCCAGAAAGAACACCUGGCCGCCUGACGAUCGUCAAUGCAGCGCUCUCUCUCACUGCGAAAUUUCCCAACAGAGACAAGACCCCGCUGCUCCCGUCGUUCGAUGAUCCCAAGGCUUUCAACAUUAGCGAAACGUAUAAUACAUCCAAGGUGUUGGCGCACAUGUUCCUCUGGAAACUUGUGGACUAUGUGUCGGCCGACGACGUCGUUGUGAACCUCGUGGAUCCUGGCUUUGUCAAGGGCACGAAGCUCGCACGAGAUGCACCGGGGCUGUUGGUGGCCUUUCAGAACAUAUUUGCCGCACUCACCGCCAGAAGUACCCGAGAUGGCGCUUCGACGUACCUCGAUGCCUGUCUGCUCAAAGGAAAGGAGUCCCAUGGAUGCUUCACAAUGGGCUGGCAAAUCAAACCGUGA